UAGUGUGAACUGAAAUAUAGCCGGGGAUAAUUAAUCAAUCCUUAACACAACUAUUGCUUUAUUGAAACAAUCGUAGGGAAAUUUGCAUAUUAUGAAUUAUUCACAUUUAUUUGUUGUGUGCCUGGUUGGAAUAGCGUUGGUGCCGAAUGUGCAAGCGGAAGCUAAAUUGAAGAUAGGCGUGAAGAAACGCGUCGAAAAUUGUACUGUUCGCACGAAGAAGGGUGAUCUGGUGCAUAUGCACUACACGGGAACGCUUGAAGAUGGCACGGAAUUCGAUAGCAGCAUUCCACGCGGCAACCCGCUUACGUUCACGCUUGGCAUGGGCCAAGUGAUUAAAGGCUGGGACCAGGGACUGCUUGGUAUGUGCGAAGGCGAGAAGCGGAAACUAGUCAUUCCUCCUGAGUUAGGCUAUGGUGAACGUGGGGCUGGUGAAAAAAUUCCUCCCAAUUCGGUACUCAUCUUCGAAGUGGAGCUGGUAAAAAUCGAUCGAAAGUCUGAGCUGUAAUUAUGUUUGGUUCUCCCCUAACGAUAUAAGAAUAAAAUCUCCGACUUUAUACGUUUAAUUGAA